AUGCUCCAGCCGGGGAGGCUGUGGCAGCUGCUGACUUUGAUGAAGUUGCCCUGGUGCCUGCUGGAGUUCCUGUUGUCGGCGGUGGCGCAAGGCCAGGAGAUGUACGCCCUGCACUCCAUCCGCCUGGAGGGCGACAUCACCCUGGGCGGCCUCUUCCCCGUCCACGCCAAGGGCCCCACCGGCGUGCCGUGCGGGGACAUCAAGAAGGAGAACGGCAUCCACCGCCUGGAGGCCAUGCUCUACGCCCUGGACCAGAUCAACAGCGACCCCGAGCUCUUGCCCAACGUCACCCUGGGCGCCAGGAUCUUGGACACCUGCUCCAGGGAUACGUACGCGCUGGAGCAGUCGCUCACCUUCGUGCAGGCGCUCAUCCAGAAGGACACCUCCGACGUGAGGUGCACCAACGGGGAGCCGCCGGUCUUCGUCAAGCCGGAGAAAGUGGUGGGCGUCAUCGGGGCGUCGGGCAGCUCCGUCUCCAUCAUGGUGGCCAACAUCUUGAGGCUCUUCCAGGUAGGGCGCUCCGCGGAGGCUCCAGCAUCAGGUUGUUGGCGCCAGAAAUGGCCAGAGAGCCCUGGCACGCGGGCUGGCAGGGAGUGGUGCUGAAGGAGAGCGCCAGCCGCGGGCAUGGCAGAGAGCAGCCCCAGCAAUGGAAACCAACCAACUUGGCAUUGGGCUGUAGGAUCACUAGACUCGAGGGCUUCCUUAGGACCAGGAUGCCCAGCGUUAGAUAAUCCACCCCAUCCCACUUCCCUCCUGCAGGCAGUUCACACGCUCCCAUCCCCCGGGGAGUUUGCUGCUCUGCUCUUUGCCUUCCCCAGCGCUCCCAUCUCUCUUUUCCCAGCCGCCUCUUCCCUCCUUGGAAAUCAGAGGCGCCCUCCCUUCCAGCACGUAUUCUCGGGAUUUUUCUCCUGACACUCUCUGGAUUUAUGAUCCCAUUUUCAAGAAUCAAUCAGUGAAUCAAGACGACGGAGGGGGGAGAUGCAAGGCGAUGAUUUCAAUGGGUUUGCAUUAGAGUGAAAUAUGGCUUGGCUAAAGGCGACCGGUUCCCCGCCAAGCUCUCGGUUCAGUGAUAGAAAGAGGCGAGCUGUUGGGUGAGGAGGGGGCAGCUUCCACGAAACGGCGAGGAAGCAAGCCGCCACUUUUCGGCUUUGGGGCUGGAGGGAAUAACCCUGCUGGUUAAUACGAGAAAGAAGCUUAUUUGCGUUCUAGUUUAAAGCCCCGUCUUUAUAAAUUGGAGCGGGGAGGGGGAGCUGAACUUCGCUCGAUUAUUUUUCUACUGGUGUACCAGUUUGGGUCCAAUAUUUGUUUGACAAAGUAGGCAGUAUUCAAACCAGAAACGGGG